AUCGUUUUGAUAGCAAUGAUCAUAUAAUAACAUGGUGGAAGAUUUAAGUAAAGUUGGUAGGGUCUAAAUCGCGUCCGGGAAAAUUUUGUUUAUCGUUUCCAUCCAGUUUGUUACAUUUAAUGUAGACAGCUACCUGUGUCUGAUCAGGAUCGUCUGCUGUGGAAACUUAUUAGAAAUGAUAUUUAUAGGUUUAUCCAUAGUAACAGAUACUCUCCUGAAGGUACAUUCGUGCACUGUUUACAUAACAUCGACAAAGCUCACGCGGACUACUACCUACACACGAUAGUAGUAAAAUAUUGAGGAACAUUUUCCGGAAUUAUUCCUGUGGGAAAUAGAUUAUCGAUCUUAAUUGUGUCCGUCAUACUGGAUUAUUACAAUGGAAGACCGUCAUAUGGGUUGCAUGUGUAUAAUCGGGAUUGGAUAUAGCUCGCGUUAAGCAUUUAGAAAACCUAUUCAAGAUGAAAUUGACGCUUGUCUUCUAUCCACACCGUUUUCUUAUUAAAUUAAGAGUUGUCUACAACAAGAGACUGGCUCAAUGAGAAUGAAAAUGCAAUCCCGUAAAGACUUAGCCAUGAUACAUGACCCGAAACCCGUGACCCGGAUAGACUUUGGUGAUCACUAUCCGGAAGGCGGGUGGGGAUGGACUAUAGUCGGUGCAGCCACGCUUGUGUAUGUACUGUGUCACGGAAUACAUUUUGCCUUUGGAACUCUGUUGAUUAAAAUAAAGGAAUUUUCUGGAAAACAUUUUGACACAGACAUCGAUAUCAUAGACGCAGUAUGGCUUGGCAGCAUCGGAAUCAGUAUAUCCAUGAUGUUUUCUCCAAUUAUAACCACAAUAUGCCGGCGGAAAAGUCCGCGACUAUAUGCUGUGAUUGGAGGGUUGAUAGUCUCCCUUGGAAGCUUGUUUAUGUCUUUCUCCCACCAUCCAGAACAUUUAUUCAUCAGUUAUUGCCUGGUGCUAUCCGUCGGUUCUGGGAUCACGAUCAACGCUGCUAAUAUCAUGGUUGGUCGGUACUUCCGGUGCAGACGAGAGUUUGCAGAAAUGAUCAUGUUGGCGGGAACUGGCGGUGGUGCUGCUCUCGUCGCUUACAUCAUAGAUGAACUGAUGAAGAAAUUGGCUUGGACCGAGGCACUUCAGUCAAUUGCCGGACUAUCGGCUAUCACGAUGAUUGCCGGUGCCAUGUACAGAUCGGCUUCCCUCUAUCACCCCCGUAGAAAUGUUAUUCUUCAUAUCAAAAACCAAAAGAAGUGCCGUCGAGAAAGAGACCAGGAGAAACCGUCCUAUUUUGACUUUGCAGCAUUGAAAAUGCGGGCUUUACAGGGUAUAAUGGUGAUGGUGGCAAUCAUAGGCCUGGGCAUUCAUACCCCAUAUAUCCUCCUGCUUCAAACAGCAAAGCAACGAGGUAUUGAGGAAGAUUCCCUGGUACUGUUGAAUGUUUUCUUGGGCUUGGGCUACCUACUCGGCUGCUUCAUAUUUGGCUACAUUGUGAUUCGUAACAGUAACGAGUGUUCCAUUAGCAGACGACACCUGACACAGUCCUGCGUGCUUGCUAGUGGCGCGAGCACCUUGUUGUUCAUCAUGGCACGUGACUUCCACGCGUUCGCGCUCUAUGCGUGGCUCUUCGGGAUCUCGUCUGGAGGCUACUACUACACUGUGAAGAUGUACACGUACGGGAUUGUUAAAGAACGGAUUAUGGAGCGAGGGUGGGGGUUCGUCAAUGCUGCUCAAUUCUUGUCCUUUCUUCUUGGACCCCCGCUUGCCAUAUAUCUCAACGAGUCGUACAGUAGUGAUGUUGCAUGUUACGUGUUCUCUGGUAUUAUCAUGAUUGUGGGCGGUCUUAUGUUCUACUGUAUGCCACUGCUUGAACGACAUCCAUCCAAUCUGGAUAUUGUCCAACGAUACCAGAGCGCAUGCUCCAAAAACACAACGGAAGCAGCAGCUCUGCUUGACCUUGACCUUACAAACGCAAUGGUAACCAAACCCCUGAACAACGUACAAUUCAUUGUUUCACCUUCGCGCAUGAAACACAAUCAAGGGGGAAAAGACGCCAGUAAGAUUCAAAUGCAGUGCUUUAUACAACACAGAGACAAGGAAAAGCCAAAACAGAUAGUGCUUUCAAGAAUUACCGAAGAGAAAGAAGGACUUCGGUUGGAUUUUAACGAAAUUUCAUACAUAAGUAAUUCAAACUCAAAAUCGUGUUCAGACAGCAGCGGACGGAGAAAAAGUGUUUCUGAUCGCGAUUUCUCAAUUCCACUGUGUGAGAAUCAUUGCGCGGACAUUCCUUCAGACAGCAUGGCGUCCCAUCAUACAGACAAAUCGUGUAAGGGAUCGCAUCAUGCAGAGAGUAAAUUCCGUCGAAGUUCGGACAACGUGAAAUUGGAAUUCUUUGACCCUCCCAGUCAAGAGAAAGAAUCAACUGCGACCGUGUCAUACGACAGUGAUUUGUAUAUAAAUCUUUGUGAAGCUCAAGUUUAGAUUUAUAUCUAUGUUUCUCAAGAAUAUAUUUCUGUAUAUUUGAGUGACACGUCAUGCACGUGUAAUCAUGUAUGUACAUGCGAAUUAUGUGGAUUAUUUUUCAAAUUUAUCAUUUUUCAUGAAGUGCAUAUUUUUCAAUUUGUACAGACUCUUUUUCAAAGAGGACCAACUUAAAUCAGAAUAACUCCUGACUUUUUAAAUUUGUGCAAAGGUGUGUUGUCACGUCAGAACAGCCUAUGUUACAGAACGACGUAUUGUUGAGAAAUGCAUAUUUUGGGUAUCAUAUACUUUGUUCCUAGAGUACUUAUUUUAUUUCUUCAAAACAAAAUGUUUUUAAUCCUAAAACUGUAAAGAUUAGGUAAUGCAUCAGAAAAAAUGAAUGAUUUGAAAAGUUUAAACAAGUUGUUUAAUUCAGUCAGACAACUCACAUAUAUCACGUCCAGUACCUAUGAACUGAUUUUGGCAGCCUCUAAUACCAAGUUUGGUCAAUUUCAAGUUUAACCUGAAGAUGCUUGAGAUCCGAGACGUUUUGCUAAACUCAGCUUAAGGCCUAUAACAUUGGUCCCUUGGCUACGGAAAUUACUGCGGCUGAAGUGUUCUAUGACCUUAUAGGGACUAAGAAUGACAAAACGCCGAACGAUCAAGUGGACAGAAAAAUAGUCCAGAUGUCGUUAACUUCGCUUAAAGAAGACAGAUACACUUCAUCUAAAUAAUGUAUUUCUCAUUUUUAUAGGAAAUUUUGGCCUAACAGAUAUCACAUUUGAUUUUUAUCGUUAUUUUCAAACGGACAUUUUUUUGGCAGAGGUUAACUUUAACCUAAGUUAUUUUUGAUAACAUUUUGUACUGACAACAUGGCACUUUUGCUCAAGGAAUCGGACGAUACGCAUGUCGUAUCAAAAACAAAGUUCACAAAUUCUAUCUUCUCGUGUAUACAUGUUUUGUAUUUCUAAGGUUUAUAAAACGAUUCUCUCGUCACCAUCGUUUAUAGUAUUUUCAUGCAAUCGACAUCGUGUCUUUGGCUGUCUCGGCAUCGCAUUUACCUGAUACAGUGAUAGCGUGAAGACCCCCAAAGAGUUUUAAUUAUUAGCCCAUUUUCCUUUUUUAAAAAAAUCAGCAUCUAAUUGGUUGGUUUUACCUCUAACAGAGUAACUUGACAACAUGUUUUGGACAGUGGCCCCUGGUGUUAUAUUGCUGUUCCAUCUGUUCCGCAAAAAAUGCACCGUGAAUUGAACAGAACUGACAAAGCCUUCAUUCUCUGUUAUAAAACAUUUUCAGUUAUCAAAUAAAAGUUUUUACUUGAAAACAGUUAAAGUCAGAAAUUUCAACAUUUACUUUUGAUAUAUCACAAUUUUGUACUUCUUUGAUGAAAAACGUAUGAACAUGAGAAAGGGAGAGAACUCUUUUUUUUGUGAACUUCAGUUCAGCUCAGACUAUGAUUAGGUAUUUUACAUACUAUAUGUAUUUAUAAUAUGUUUAGAAGUCAUCCAUAUAUAUGUUGUAUGGUGCAAGUGAUGUGGCUGUAUUUUAAAUAUUGCGUCAGUGCUUCUGAAAGUGUAUAUAAUGAGAGAUUUAGAAUUAAAUUGUGAUUUAUUUUGCAAAUUUUUGAAAAAAGUGUAGCAGUGCUGUUUGUAAAACUUUUCAAAAUAACCCAAGUUUGGAGUAUGUUUUAAUGUAGCACUGGUCAGUUUUUUUAUGCUACUACGCUCAAAAUUAUAAUAAAAUAUAAAAAUAUCUCUUCCACUCACUGUUUACAUUUCAUAUUAGUACGGAGGAGGGAGGGAAGGGUUCUAAUAGUAAACGUAGCGGGUAGGUUAUAACAUGUAUACAUUGGCAUUUUUUUCUGGUCAGGUGCCAGUAAGUUUACAUAAGAUUCCAGUGAGUAUUUCAGAAAGAGGUGGUAUCAAAAUUCAAAAUAUUGCAAUUUAAAUAAAAUAAUAAAUAUACUCAUUCAUUAUUAUUUAAUUAUCCGCUGAAAACCGUACAUAUUUACGUGUAAAGCGAGUCUCCCGAUGUGCAGGUCCACGUACAGAUUUUUAUUGUAGUGAAAAUUAAUGUACUCCAUGAUCCCAAAGGAACAACACUGGGUCCAAGUACGUGGAGAGUUUUUACAACUUAAAGAGUUAAUAAAAUCUGUGAAGAGAUCCCUUGGAAGCGUAGAACGCAACCAAGCAAGAUGAUAGCAGACUCAGUUUGACUGAGUCUGUUCAUUAAAGGUAACGAAAUUGCAACAUAGCACGGGCUUAAGCGAAAUAUUCUGUUAUUGUAAAAUGAAUGUAGUCCGUAAUCCCAAAGGAGAAGAAAAUAAAACAAAAUUUAUCUUGAUUAAAAAUCACUAAAAAAACAGUAAGUAAAGCUAUGCCUGGAUAAACAAUUUCAUAUGUUUCAUUACACCGACACGUAUAGAGGAGUUUAGCAGGCAGCAUUGCUACACAAGUCAAAUGUUUGACGAACUGCUCUAGAUAUAUUUUGCUACUGAAAUAAAAUCGAGCUGACAGUG